AUGUCUGAAACAGACGCCCUGUUGGGCAACCACAGACGCUCCAAACCCUCUCUACUAUCUCUAGCAUCUAAAUGCUUAGGCAGUGACCUUGAUACUGCGCAUGGCGACCUAGUCCUUCUAUUCUGUUAUAUUAUCACCGGCCUGCUCGACAGCUCAGCGGUACUCAUAUGGGGCUCCUUUGUGAGCAUGCAAACCGGCAACACUGUAUAUUUCGGCCUGGGCCUUAUCGGCGCCAAGGAUGAUCGCUGGAUCAAGUCCGGAGUUUCCAUUGCGGCGUUCUGUCUAGGCUCGCUGUGCUUCGCCACCUUCCACCGUGUUUUCCCAGCGAGACGGAGAUGGGUGCUCUGUGCCUCGUUCCUCGCUCAAACCGUGUGUGUGUGCAUCGCCGCGUUGAUCGUUACAAUUCAUCCGGCAUCUCGAGAUGCGCCCUUGACUUGGUUGGUCCUCGUCCCGAUUGCGCUCAUCGCAUUCCAAAGUAGUGGACAAGCGGUGACGAGCCGUGUUUUGAACUUCACGGGCUUGACUAGUGUUGUCCUCACUAGUACUUAUUGCGAUUUGUUCUCGCACCCUGAUUUCCUCUCGGGAAAGGUGGUCGGUCAUACUGAGGAGAACCGCCGGAUUGGUGCAAUCUUGUGCUUGUUGUUGGGGGUGGUCUUGGGGGGUCUCUGGGCUCAUAGCUCUGUGGGAAUGAUGGGGGCCUUGUGGACCGCAGCCAUCCUGAAGUCAUUGAUUGUUGCUGCAUGGUUGGCCUGGAAGGGAAAGAGCGAGGAGGAUACCGAAUGA